AUGUCUUAUUCCCCUGAGAAACCCCCGGCCUUCAACCCGGGCAAGACGAAGAAGAAGGCUUGGAGCUGGCCGGAACCCGUUUCCAGCGGCGGCCAUGGACCGAACGAGGCUUUGAAGCAUGCUGUUCUGAAGAUGCGCCUCCAGCCCAUUUCCAAGUCCGGGUCCACCACCCCCCACUCGGAGUCUGAGCCCGAGUCCGACUCGUCCAGCUUCAACCCGCCCGCCGCCGCCCCUGAUUACAUCUCCUUGCUCUCUGAUGAAUUGCUGCUGAGGGUCUUUGGUAAAAUCCCGGACACGAAGCAGCACGUUUCGAAUUGCUUGGUCUGCAGGAGGUGGUGUUUGCUCUGCGGGAAAUUGGUUCGAUCGGUCAGGUUGUUGGACUGGGAGUUUCUCGAGUCGGGAAGGUUGACUUUCCGGUUCCCCAAUUUGGUCGACAUUGAUAUUGUGCCAGCCUGUAUCAAAUCCGAGAGGAAUUCAGGGGUUUUGCUGAGCACAAAGUUGUUAGGGGUUUACGUGAAUUCAUCCGUGUUGGAGUGCAAUGGCUUUUUCGUCCAAAAACGAAAUGUAUUAGAUUGUGCAGCUGUUGAUGAGGGGUUGAGGAUAUUAUCUAAAGGAGCUCGAAGUUUGAGACGGGCAGUCUUGAUUAAUUUCACGGAGGAAGGUCUGAGUUGUUUGGCCGAGGAGUGUGAGCUUUUGCAGGAGUUGGAAUUGCAUUAUUGUGGCGAUUUUGCUUUGAAGGGGAUUCAUAAGUGCCGCAAUCUGCAGGUAUUGAAAUUGAUCGGGAGAUUAAACGGGGUUUAUGAUUCGACGAUUACGGAUAUUGGGUUGACAAUCUUGGCUCAAGAGUGUAGACGGUUAGUGAAGCUCGAGUUGGUGGGUUGCGAGGGGAGUUAUGACGGGAUUAAAGCGAUCGGGGUGUGUUGCCCGAUGCUCGAGGAGCUGACACUUGGCGAUCAUAGAAUGGAGGGCGGGUGGUUGUCGGCCCUUCCGUUUUGUGGGAAUUUGAAAACUUUAAGAAUAGAGUCGUGCAGAUUUUUUGAUGAGAACCCGGGCCCAGACAAGCAUAUAGGGUUUAGCCCGAUGCUGGAGGAGUUGCAUUUGAGUCGGUGUCAAAUGCGGGACAAAGGAGGCAUUUGGGCUUUGUUUUUGGCGUGCCAGAUUAUUAGGGAGCUGGUUAUCGAGGACUGUUGGGGUCUGGAUGAUAAUAUAUUUUCUGCUGCAACUGUUUUUAGGAGUAUAAAGUCUCUUUCACUUGAAGGAUGCUCGUUGCUAACAACAGAAGGAUUAGAAUUAGUGGUUCUUUCUUUGAAGGAUCUCCGUAGGCUUAAAGUCAUCUCGUGUAACAAUGUUAGGGACAGUGAAAUAACACCCGAAUUGGCCCUUUUGUUUUCCAAUCUCAAAGAAUUGAAAUGGAGGCCCGAUUCUAAAUCCAUGUUAACAGCGGGCCUCAUAGAAAAAAUGGCAACUGGUGGAGGUGCUCCGCAGAGAGGAACUGCAGCUGCUGCCGCCGCUAACCUCCGCCGGAGGCGGACAGCUGGUGGCGGUGGUGCGGCAGGCGGUGGUGCAGGUGGGACCAUGCUUCAGUUUUACACAGAUGAUGCACCUGGGCUCAAGAUUUCUCCAAAUGUUGUGCUUGUUAUGAGCAUUGGUUUUAUAGCUUUUGUUGCCAUUCUCCAUGUUGUGGGCAAGCUCUACUUUGUCCGCAAAGAGUAG